AUGGAGGAGUUUCUUGAUGUCGUCUCUCCCGAAGACGACUUAGUAUCCACUGGCAAGUCGUUGAAGGGAAAUGAAGUAAAUGAUAUUAAGGCUCUCUCAGUUGUUAGAGAAGAACAUCUCUCCUUAUUAUAUCAGAGUGCAAAGAAACUAAAGAUGGAUAUAAGGGUGACCAAUGAGAUUGAGACAGUGGAUUUAAAACCCCAUGGUUGUUUGUUUUCGAGUUCCCUAAGUUUCCACAUUGACGAAGAGAAGAAAGUUGCUGUUUGCGGUGAGAAAGUCAUAUACAACAAGAUAUACAUUGUUGGAGAAGAUAAAUACACAAGGUAUAUCGAUCUUCUGGUUUCGGUAGCUUUGAUGGUCGGUUAA